GUCAUUCGUAUAGUCCGUCAGUCGUGUUAUUCGCAAGACUUGCAAAUAAUGGCCACAUAUUUGGUGGACAAGGGGUCAGACCUGAGCUGGUCUUGUGUGGUGAACGGGGAUACAUAUGGCGGGUCCACUGACUCAUGUCUGGAGAAGUCUGGAUACUUCGUGAGGAGCUGUGAGGACACACUCGUCCAGAGACAGAGAGACGCCAGAGAAGGCCGCAGUAGUACUGAUAUCCAGCGAAGGAUCUGUUGUGCCCUGUUUUUCUAUCGCGAUUGUAUCAGCCGAGUAGUGGUGGACAGGUGUCGCGACCCCUCGCCCACAGCCGUCGACAUACUGAUGGGUUCCCGGAAACGGGAUCUCACGACCACUUGUCGGGAGUACUCCCGCGACCAGUGCUCCCAUUCAUAUACAACCAAAUCAUCGCUGAUUACAGUCUUAUUAAGUAUUGUAAUUGCAUUCAAAGCUCUCAAAUCAAACAUAUUCUAGGACCUUUUUAAUUUAUUUUAUUUAAAUGACUAUAUAUUAUGCGUGAAAUAAAAAAGCAAAACAAAAUUUUUUUUAUAUAUAAUUAUAUAAUGAAUGAUAAUUGUUAUCACAUU